AUGUAUAAAAUGUUAUGUAUGUUACUUAUAAUUUAUGGAGCAAUUCCAAGUGAUGUAGAAGCAUAUCCAACACAAUUAGAUGAAGGUAGAUAUGUCGAACGAGAUUAUGCAAGUCCAGGCGCGCAUCAACUAGCAAGCUGGAUAGCGUCCCAGAUGCGUCCCAAGGAAUUUAUCCCGCCUCAAGAUAUCCCCAUACUGCCCUACCGACUUCCGGCUCAAGGAAAACGUAACUCGGAAGUCUCCAAUGCAAUUAUCGGCUCGGAGGAGACGCAGAAAAUGUACCGGGAUGGAAGAAAAUAA